AUGAUGGCGGCGGCCGCGGCGGCGGGGGGGGCCCCCGAGGUGAUCGCCCAGCUGGAGAACGCGGCCAAAGUGCUGAUGGCACCACCUUCCAUGGUCAAUAAUGAACAACGCCAACAUGCUGAGCACAUAUUCUUAUCAUUUAGAAAAUCGAAAUCACCAUUUGCUGUUUGCAAACAUAUUUUGGAAACCAGUAAAGUGGACUAUGUCCUUUUUCAAGCUGCUACAGCAAUAAUGGAAGCAGUUGUAAGAGAAUGGAUUCUCUUGGAAAAAAAUAGCAUUGAGUCACUGAGAACAUUCCUUCUAACCUAUGUCUUACAAAGGCCUAACCUUCAAAAGUACGUUCGGGAGCAGAUUCUAUUAGCGGUAGCGGUGAUAGUGAAACGGGGAUCAUUAGACAAAUCAAUCGACUGCAAAAGCAUCUUUCAUGAAGUCAGCCAGUUGAUCAGCAGUGGUAACCCCACUGUGCAAACUUUGGCCUGUUCCAUUUUAACGGCGUUGCUGAGCGAGUUCUCAAGUUCAAGUAAAACCAGCAACAUUGGACUAAGCAUGGAGUUCCAUGGUAACUGUAAACGUAUAUUUCAGGAGGAUGAUCUGCGGCAGAUCUUCAUGCUCACAGUAGAGGUACUUCAGGAAUUCAGCAGACGUGAAAACCUCAAUGCUCAGAUGUCUUCAGUGUUUCAGCGUUAUCUUGCACUAGCCAAUCAAGUCUUAAGUUGGAACUUCCUUCCUCCAAAUUUGGGCAGACAUUAUAUAGCUAUGUUUGAAUCCUCACAAAAUGUGAUGCUAAAGCCAACAGAAUCCUGGCGUGAGACCCUCCUGGACAGCAGAGUUAUGGAGCUUUUCUUUACAGUACAUCGAAAAAUCAGAGAAGAUACAGAUAUGGCCCAAGAUUCAUUACAGUGUCUGGCACAGCUGGCAUCUUUGCAUGGGCCAGUCUUUCCUGAUGAAGGUUCACAAGUUGAUUACCUGGCACACUUCAUUGAGGGAUUACUGAAUACUAUCAAUGGAAUUGAAAUAGAAGACUCUGAAGCAGUGGGAAUUUCCAGUAUUAUCAGCAACCUGAUAACCGUAUUUCCUCGUAAUAUUUUAACUGCCAUUCCAAAUGAACUUUUCUCUUCGUUUGUUAACUGCCUUGCACAUCUCACCUGUUCUUUCGGAAGAAGUGCUGCCUUGGAAGAAGUGCUUGACAAAGAUGACAUGGUGUAUAUGGAGGCAUAUGAUAAGUUGCUGGAAUCUUGGCUUACUUUGGUACAAGAUGACAAACAUUUCCAUAAAGGUUUCUUUACCCAACAUGCUGUUCAGGUCUUUAAUUCCUACAUUCAGUGCCAUCUAGCUGCUCCUGAUGGCACAAGGAAUUUGACUGCCAAUGGUGUGGCCUCUCGGGAAGAAGAAGAAAUAAGUGAGCUGCAGGAGGAUGACAGAGACCAGUUCUGUGACCAGUUGGCCAGCGUAGGCAUGCUGGGGAGAAUUGCUGCGGAACACUGUAUACCUCUUCUUACAAGUUUAUUAGAAGACCGAGUGACAAGGCUUCAUGGUCAGUUGCAAAGACAGCAGCAGCAAUUACUUGCCUCACCAGCAUCAGGCUCAAUUGACAAUAAAGUGCUUGAUGACUUGUAUGAGGAUAUUCAUUGGCUUAUUUUAGUCACAGGCUACCUCUUGGCUAAUGAUACUCAGGGAGAGACGCCGUUAAUACCUCCAGAAGUAAUGGAAUAUUCCAUUAAACAUGCAACUGAGGUUGACAUCAAUACAACGCUUCAGAUUCUGGGAUCUCCAGGAGAAAAGGCCUCUUCCAUCCCAGGGUACAACAGAACUGAUUCUGUGAUUAGGUUGUUAUCUGCUAUUUUAAGAGUCUCAGAAGUAGAAUCUAGAGCAAUAAGGGCAAAUCUCACGCACCUCCUGAGCCCCCAGAUGGGCAAAGAUAUUGUAUGGUUCCUCAAGCGCUGGGCAAAGACUUACCUCCUAGUAGAUGAAAAACUGUAUGAUCAGAUAAGUCUGCCAUUUAGUACAGCAUUUGGUGCUGAUACAGAGGGUUCCCAGUGGAUUGUGGGUUACCUUUUAGAAAAAGUGAUCAGUAACCUGGCAGUGUGGAGUUCAGAGCAGGACCUUGCAAAUGAUACUGUACAACUGCUAGUAACAUUAGUGGAAAGGAGAGAGCGGGCGAACUUAGUUAUUCAGUGUGAAAACUGGUGGAAUUUAGCUAAACAGUUUGCAAGGCGAAGCCCUCCUCUUCACUAUUUGUCCAGUUCUGUGCAGAGAACAUUAAUGAAAGCUUUAGUUUUAGGAGGUUUUGCUCAUAUGGAUACAGAAACAAAGCAACAGUACUGGACAGAGGUUCUUCAGCCACUUCAGCAACGAUUCUUGAAUGUGAUAAACCAAGAAAACUUUCAGCAGAUCUGUCAGGAGGAGGAAGUGAAACAAGAAAUCACUGCUACAUUAGAAGCACUCUGUGGCAUUGCUGAGGCUACCCAGAUUGAUAACGUAGCAAUUCUGUUCAAUUUCCUAAUGGACUUCCUUAAUAAUUGCAUUGGAUUAAUGGAAGUAUACAAAAACACACCAGAGACUGUUAAUCUCAUAAUAGAAGUCUUUGUUGAAGUUGCACAUAAACAAAUUUGCUAUCUCGGAGAGGCCAAAGCCAUGAACUUGUAUGAGGCCUGCCUAACUCUGCUUCAGGUGUAUUCCAAGAAUAAUCUAGGUCGACAACGGAUAGAUGUUACAGCAGAAGAAGACCAGUACCAAGAUCUGCUUCUUAUUAUGGAGCUUCUCACUAAUCUUUUAUCAAAAGAAUUCAUAGAUUUCAGUGAUACAGAUGAAGUAUUUAGAGGACAUGAGCCUGGACAAGCCACAAAUAGAUCCGUAUCAGCAGCAGAUGUUGUCUUGUAUGGGGUUAAUCUAGUUCUGCCUCUAAUGUCCCAGGAUCUGCUGAAGUUUCCAUCCCUGUGUAACCAAUAUUACAAAUUAAUCACUUUCAUCUGUGAGAUAUUCCCUGAGAAAAUUCCACAACUUCCAGAGGAUCUCUUUAAGAGUCUAAUGUACUCACUGGAGCUAGGGAUGUCAUCAAUGAGUUCAGAGGUUUGCCAGCUCUGUCUAGAGGCUGUAACCCCAUUAGCAGAACAGUGUGCAAAAGCACAAGAAACAGAUUCAACUCUUUUUCUAGCAACAAGGCACUUUCUUAAGAUGGUCUUUGAUAUGCUGGUACUUCAGAAGCACAAUACAGAAAUGACAACUGCAGCAGGUGAAGCAUUCUACACAUUAGUGUGUUUGCAUCAGGCUGAAUAUUCAGAGCUAGUUGAAACUUUGCUAUCGACUCAACAAGAUCCAGUAAUUUACCAGCGGUUAGCAGAUGCCUUCAACAAGCUUACUGCAAGCAGUACUCCCCCUACACUGGACCGUAAGCAGAAGAUGGCCUUCUUAAAGAGUUUAGAAGAAUUUAUGGCAAAUGUUGGUGGACUUCUCUGUGUAAAAUAA